AUGAGAGCGCUAGACAUUCAGCCAGACCCAUCUCCUCUUCAGCAGAUAUGCCUAUCGCAAAGUGACCCUCUCCAGCUGGUCAGCCCUGACUCCGUUGACCCGGACAUUCGCAACAGAGAGCGCAUCAAUUAUCGCCGCGCCCUUGACCAAAGAUGUCCUCGAGAAUCCUGGGUUCAUGACUGCUAUCUUGCGGCUAGUCCUUACCCAAUAUUCAUGAAUGAAGCACAUAAUACCCAACUUCAGAAGCUACAUGCAGCACUUGUACUCGCUAUCACGAAUAUCUUAGAACGAUGGUGGACUGACUCUGCCGCCAAUUUCCCUGCCAGGAUGCCACUGGAGCCUCAAGAAGAAGAUCUUUUACAGUGGAUUGAGAACGACGCUGCAGACUUCGUCAAGCCUAUUAAGGAGUGUCUCGGAUCGUGGCGAUCAGAUUUCCUGGUCGAGGAAGCAAGUCCUUCUACUUCAAUAGAGAAUUUCCGCAUAUGCGAAAUCAACGCCAGGUUUAGCUUCAACGGCUACUUGCUGCUGACAUACGGACAGGAUGCUAUACUUCAUGUCGGCGAACAUAAAUCUGAAUUUGGCAGGGCAGCAGAUCCCGAACGAUUUAUUAACGGACUAUUCGGCCUAUUUGACAUUGAACGUCCGCUGUAUAUACUCAAAGGCGAGGAGCAUGGCCAUGACGUCUACAUGUUCUCUGCAUAUGUGAAGAAAGUGACCGGCUCUCCCGUAAUUUUCGUUCGACCCAGUGAGCUAAGACUUAUUCCUUGCUCCGAUGCCCCAUUCGGAAAACGACUUUGUCGAGUUGUCAAGAAAGACUCUUCGGACGACACCAACCAUGGUAAUGGUAAUAUAAGAACGAUCCACCCUAAGACCUUCAUGCACGAUGGAGAGUUAGUUGAAGAAGUUACCCAGGUAGGCAUGGAACUGCACCAGCGCGAACUUCGGGCAUUGCCUCUGGAGAUGCUAAAGCAUAUCUCUCUCCGCUGUUUUAACGAUAUGAGAACAAUCUUCCUUGUGCAUGAUAAGAGAAUGCUGGGUAUAGUUCUUCAGGAACUUGAAUCUUUAGUUCAUAAGCAUGGCAUCCUCACCCAAGAACAAGCAGAAAUAUUACGCAAGGGAAUCGCUACGACGCUGCUACCAGGCUCUCCGGAACUUGAUCAUUACUAUCACCAAUGCAAGGCAACCCCAGGGCUAAAGGAUGAUUUCCUACUAAAGCCAGUGAGGAGUGGUAAAGGGGCCGGGAUUCUCUUCGGCGACGAGCUACCCACUGAAGCAUGGCUGGAGAAGCUUGAAAGAUCUAGAAGCCCAGCUCUCGUCCCUGGACAGACGACUUACGUUGUACAGCGUCACGUCAAACAGCCCCGAUACGAUAUACUGUUUGGUGAGCAGGACAAGAAACAGCAAAACUAUCUCAUAGGCACGUACCACUCCAUCAAUGGGCAUUUCCUUGGAAUAGGUAUAUGGCGAAGUGGCCCUGGUAGAAUCUGUGCAGUCAGUCGUGGUGGUAUUUGGUUGGUCUCUGUAUUAUCACCAAAGUAA